GGGAACUUGUCUUGAUCCCUGUGGUCUAGAUGGUGCCAUGGGGGGGGAAUGUCGUGGAAGGAGAAAAUUUUGAUAGAGAGGUGGAACUAGUUGGGUGGAUAUCCUGGUGGGUUGGGCAGUAGGUAGAUGGUACUUAUAUCGGCGUUUCCGUGCCUUGGAGGGAGAUUUUGAAGGGUGCGUUUUCAUCGAAUUGUUGCAGUGUUGCUGACCUGCGCACUGAGGUUGUUGGUCAUGGAGCACGUCACAGAAUACGCCAAGGAUCCCUCGCCCAUUGAUAGUUCCAGUGAUGAUUAUUCGGAUGAACAUCCUGAUCAUCCUGACUCGGUCGAACUCGCCCGCAUCAAUACGUACCGGUUGCAACAGAGGGCCACGGUAGGGUCGACUCGAGGGCCGGAGCCGAGAGAGGAAUGGUUGCCUAUGGGCGCUGGCAAGGAGUAUCCGCCGUUGCUGCCUGAUCCGGAGACAUAUGUGGUGGAAUUUGAUGGUGCAGAUGAUCCGCUUCAUCCGUGGAAUUGGUCGAUAGCACGGAGGACUGUCCUCGUCUCCAUCCUUUGCUAUUCUACCUUCGCUACUGCCUUCACCAGCGCCGUCUUUUCCGCUGCCAUCAGUGCCGUGAGUAAGGAGUUUCAUGUCGGAAGAGAAGUCGGUACCCUCGGGGUCACUCUAUACGUGUUUGGAUUUGCCGCCGGACCGACCAUUUGGGCACCGGCAUCAGAGCUCAUCGGACGGCGCUGGCCGCUGUCCAUUGGCUUGUUCGGGUGCGGUAUCUUCACUAUUGCUGCUGCCACCGGUAAAGACAUCCAGACCAUCAUGCUGGGUCGGUUCUUCGGGGGUCUCUUUGCUGCGAGCCCCGUCUCUCUGGUUCCGGCUGUCUUUGCGGAUCUGUUCAGCGCUGCCCAUCGUGGAGUCGUCAUGUCAAUCUUCUGCAUGGCAGUGUUUAUCGGUCCGUUCGCGGCCCCGUUUGUGGGUGGGUUCAUCGCGACAAGUCCACUGGGGUGGAGAUGGACCAUGUAUAUCUCCGCCAUCAUGGUUUUCCUCGCGUUUAUACUAGUAUUCCUCUUCCUCGACGAGACAUACCCCCCGGUCAUUCUCGUCCGAAAGGCUGCCGUCCUCCGUCGACAGACCCGCAACUGGGGCAUUCAUGCUAAGCAGGACGAAGUGGAGGUUGAUAUCAAAGAAUUGGUCCGCAACAACUUUACUCGUCCAUUGACCAUGCUGAUCACUGAGCCGAUCCUCCUUCUCAUCUCGUUGUAUAUCUCCUUCGUUUAUGGUCUGAUUUAUGCCCUCCUCGGUGCGUAUCCUGUUGUCUUUGACGAUGUGUACGGCAUGAGCAUGGGCGUUGGUGGACUCGCGUUCAUCGGUCUCAUUCUUGGUGAACUGGUCGGCGGUGUCUUCAUCCUGUGUCUGCAAGGCCAGUAUAAGCGCAAGCUGGCUGCGAACGGAGGAAAGCCUAUCCCUGAAUGGCGUCUCCCGGCUGCCAUUGUGGGAGCGAUCACUUUUGCCAUGGGCAUGUUCUGGUUCGGCUGGACCGGCUACACGAACAGGAUCCACUGGAUGGCGCCGACCGCAGCGGGCGUUCUGAUUGGAUUCGGCAUUCUGUGCAUUUUCCUGCAGUGUUUCAACUAUAUCGUUGAUUGUUAUCCGACCUUGGCUGCAUCUACGAUCGCUGCAAACACCAUCCUCCGGUCCGCUGUGGGAUGUGUAUUUCCACUGUUCUCGCGUCAGAUGAUGGUCAACCUGGGAGUGCAGUGGGCGGGAACCCUGCUGGGGUGCAUUGCAGCCAUUAUGAUUCCCAUGCCUGUAGCAUUCAUGAUCUUUGGCCCGUGGAUCCGGCAGCGAAGUAAACUGGCUGCGUCGCCGGUUCGCGAUGCGGAGAAAAAGAGUAAUGUUUGAUGUUGAUAUGAUGGAUAGAUUAUACCCUUAAUGAGAUUAUGC